GUUCCCAGUGUCUCUGUACUCUCAAAACACUCAGAUGGCAGAACCUGGUGUUGAUGUCACUAUGUGGUGCCAACACAACCUGCAUGGUCACGCUUUCAUAUUCUGGAUCAAACAGACGAGUAACUCUGUACCACAAAGUGUUGCAUGUAAAAAUCGCAACUCAAACAAUUGUUACUUCUUCACUCCAAACAAUCGAACUGUGAUGUCUGUGAAUGACAAGAAUGCCUCUCUCACCAUCACUGCAGUGGAUCCCACAGAUUCAGGACUGUAUUACUGCAGUUUGCUGCUAAAUGAUAAGAUAACCUUUAGCAACACAACAUAUUUACAUGUCAAAGACAGAAAUGAAACACCUGAGAGCAUCAACAUAACUAAAGAAGGUGACUGUGUGGGUUUAUUCACUCUCACUGUGGCGUUUGGUGCAGCGAUAGUGUUUCUCCUCAGUUCCCUUCUUAUCAUCUAUAACAAACAGAAGAACAGAAAAGACAUGAAGGAUGGUAACCUUGACAUUCUACGCACAAAACAGGACCAACAGCAUGACCUGGUGAACUACAUUACCCAUAAAACCCACACAUCAGGGACACAUAGAGAAGAGGUGCAUACCCAUGUUAUAUAUUAUUCUACCAGACUAACAGUAGCUUAGCAUGUUGAUGUAACAUAAUAUUCAUUACUGAAUGGUAAUGUGGACGUUUAUGUGUUGGUUGUGCUUUGGUAAACAACACAAACUAAAAUAGAAUGUCAUGGAGGAGGUAAAGGCGUAUUGCUCUUUAGAAAUUACAAAUAUGUAAUGCCAAAGUAAAAUUUGAAAUUUGUUUAUUGAGCUGUAAAUCCUUGAGGUAGGAUAUUCAUGUGGACAUGUUUGGAUCAUAAUAGUCCUAUAAAAUCAACAUGUAAACUGAAUUAGGUGAGUCUUAAAAUAGGGUCUCUAAAAUAUAACAUUGUUUUCAUAAUGAGAGGCGAGACUGUACGACUAUGUUCGAAAGUUUGGCAACUUUUCAAGUUGAGUAUAUUGUAUUUCGAAUUGAGUAAAUUAACAAUUAACAAAUUAACAAUUAUAACAAGCUUACAGGUUUCAAAACACAAACUCACUGUAGUGUUUGAAGGUUAUGUGCUAUGAGAAAUUAUAUUAGGCUAUUAUUAUAUGUGAGUAAAUGUACUCAAUUUCUAUGAAAUAUGGCAUGUGACAGAAUACAGUCAUUCAUCUGUUAUGCUGACUGUUGACAUUUU